AUGCACAGCACCCCCAGUACUGGGGGUGAUAAGGACCCUUCAGGAUCCGGAUCCCCACAUUGCACUCGUACUCUUAUUCACCCUGGAAAGGAAACUCUUUUGUGGUAUGAUCCAUGGUUGAUCAAUGGACCCAUUGCCCAGUCUGGUUUAUUGAUUGCUGAUGCUCUUGGCCGUCAUGCCUUUGAGCGUGUUGAACAUAUUUUGUUGGAUGGUCAGAGGUGGGUUAAUCGUACUCAUGAUCCAGCCCUUGAUGAUAGAUGGGAAGAGAUUCAAGCAACGAAGAUUCACAGCAGAAUUCAGGAAGAUUUGGUUGUUUGGGCACCUACAUCGAGUGGGAAAUUUAGUUUGAAAAGUGCGUGGGAUGUGGUGCGUGGUGGCUGUGAGCGAAAGGAAUGGUAUAAUCUGGUUUGGUUUCCUCAUUCACAACCCAGGUUCUCAUUUGUCUGUUGGGUGGCGUUGUGGGGUAGAUUGCCUACUCGGUCCUUGCUUGCUAGGUGGGGAACUGUGAUUGAUCCCACCUGUUAUCUUUGUGGCAAUGCGGUUGAGACAACUGAUCACCUUUUGUUUGAAUGUGAUUUCUCUUCUGCUGUGUGGAGGGAGGUGUUGAGUCUCAAUGGAUUCAAUAGGAACCCGCUGGGCACUUGGAAGGAUGUGGUUGAAUGGUUGGUUUCUCAUUUCAAUGGAGGAUCUCUCUUAGGCUCGGUUAGGAAGUUCAGUUUCAUCUCCUCGGUUUAUCGGCUUUGGCAGGAGAGGAAUGCAAGGGCGCAUCUCAAAAGGCCAACAAUCAAUUGUGAUGGCUCUGUAAAAGGUGGUUUUGGAGGGUAUGGUGCCAUCGGUAGAAAUUACCGGGGAGAGCCAGUUUUUGCUCUUGCAGGUGGAAUUCAAGAAUCCGAUGUCGUUUGUAUGGAACUACAUGCAAUUCGGAGUGGCUUGCAGCGGGCGAGGGUCUUCAACUUGUCGCAAGUCCAAGUUAGAUCAGACUCUCAGGUUGCAAUUCAGAUGGUGGUUGGAACUUACAAGGUUCCUUGCGGAGUUCUGUGGUUGGUUGAGGAGAUCUGCGAAUUGCGUGAUUCUUUUCGCAGUUGUACUUUCAUUCACCAUGUGAGGGAGAUAAAUUGUUGUGCAGAUUAUCUAGCUGGCUAUACAUCUGUGGCUCAGAUUAUCCAUUUUGAUUUGCAUAACCUUCCUUUGAUACUUUCUGAAAUGAUACAGAAUGAUGCCAAAGGGAAGGUUUACUCAAGAAUGUAA